AUGGCGCGAGCUAAUCUCUUGCUUAGUGCCGAGCUUGAACGUGCAUUUGCUGAUGCACAAAGCGGCAAUCUCCGCUUUGUAAAGGUAUUGAUUAAUGAUGAGUCCUUUGAAUUAAGUGCGGCUGGACCCGCGACAUCAGAGCCUCGGUACGACGUGGCACAGCUAGUAGCGUCAAACUUGAAUGCGGAGCAGGCAGCGUUUGUGCUGUUUUGCCCCGACACAAACGUGACAGCGUUGCGCUGGGUGCUAUUGGCCUUUGUACCCGAGAACGUGAGCGUACGCGAUCGCAUGUUAUACUCAUCGUCGCGCGAUUCGCUGAAGAAACAGCUGGGACUGAACUACUUUUCAGGCGAAUUCCACGCCACGGACUUGAGUGAAGUGACGUGGGAAAGCUUUAUCGAGGCAAGAAAGAAGCAGGCGGCAAAUGCACCACUGUCUGAGUCAGAACGGCUGCUUAAGGAGACAGCUUUGCUGGAGCGCGACACGAACGUCAAGUCCAGCGCCAUGGGCGUCGUACCGUUUGGAAUCACGCAAAAUGUACGCGACAAGCUGAGGUUGCUUCAGGAAGAGAAGUUUGAUUGGAUUGCCAUGAAACUGAGCGAAGAUAAUGAGAGAGUCGAGGUAGUUAAAAGUCUGGAAAACGUUGAGCUGAUCGAUGUGAUCUCUACACUGGACCGUCGUACACCCAGCUUCGUGGCCUAUCGUUAUCGCGGAUCUAAAGUGACAUCAGCAUUGCGUGCGUUGCGUUGGACCCGUUUUGAACACAAAUAUACUUUUGACAUGCGUAUUAAUGAUGUUGUAAAAGUUUUCAUGUAUGUGUGUCCAGAAGAUUCUCCUGUUCGUUUGAAAAUGAUUUACUCGACGUGCAAGGCGACUGUACUCUCCGUCGCCAUCGAAGAGCUCCACAUCAAGUUUGACUAUACGAUUGAGAUAGAUAAUACUGCAAGCGCUAUCGAUGACAUUCGAUCUGAAGUGGCCCCAUCACAAAAUGAAGAAGAACAAAAGCCAUGCGACCUACUAUUACAGACUCUAGCCUGA